AUGGAUAAAUUUACCAAGAAGAUGGAUUCCAAUAUUAUCUAUUAUGUGGCUGCCAUUCUUAAUCCACGGGUUAAGACCUCCUUCAUCCAAGCUCAAAUGAGCAAGUCUGAUGCAGAUGUGAUUGUUUCUAAUAUACGUGAAUAUCUUAAGAAACAAUAUCCUGCAAGUCCUAUCUCUUCCUCUAGCGUAGAGCGUCCACCAGACAUAAUAUCAGACAUUGAUUGGUACCUAGAUUCAAGCCCUGAGAUGUGGUCUCAUAGUAUGAUAGAAGAUGGGGAUCCUAACUAG